AUGUCAAACUUUUACGAACUUAAACACGAAACAAUUGUAGAUGUUCAUAGGGCACAAACACGAACUUUUAACGAAAUGAUGGAAAAUAUAAAAUUAGACAUAAUUAAGAAAGAACAUCUUGUUUUAGAAUUCGAUCUAGUUGGUGUAGAUUGCUCUGUUGCUAAUGCAUUGAGACGAAUAUUGAUUAAUGAAAUUCCUACAUUUGCAAUCGAAAAUGUUUUUAUUUUUGAUAAUACAAGUGUUCUUCCUGAUGAAUUUUUAGCUCAUCGUCUUGGUCUUAUUCCUCUUGAUAUCUGUCCAGAUUUAGAAGUAGGAGAUUUCCAUUUUGAAUUAAAGAAGACUAAUACCAGUUCUGAAGUUAUGACAGUUACUUCUAAUGACAUUAAAUAUAUUAAAAAAGAUGGGCAACCAGAUAUAGAAAUAUCUAAGGACAUUCCUAUUGCUAAACUAGCACCUAAACAAGCUUUAAUAAUUGAAAUGGUUGCGUGCAAAAAUGUUGGUCGUGUGCAUGCAAAGUGGAGCCCCGUUUGCACUGCUGCGUAUCGCCUUAUGCCGAUUAUUAAGAUUGAAGAUUUUUAUGAUGAAGAAGCAGAGAAGUUACAAAAAUGUUUUAGCCCUGGUGUCAUAUCUUUAGUAAAAGAAGGAGAAAGUUAUAAAGCUAUUGUAUCUGAGCCUAGAAAAGAUACAGUUAGUAGAGAAGUUUUUAGACAUAAAGAAUUUGAAAAUAAGGUAUUUUUAGGUAGAAAGAAUGACCAUUUUAUUUUUACUGUUGAAAGUCUAGUUCUUGACCCAAUAUAUCUUGUAAAAAAAGCCUUACAAAUUAUAAAUAAAAAAUUAGACCAUUUAAAAGGAGAAUUGCGUGAAUUUCAAAACACCAAUUAA